AGCUUGACUGUCAGACGCCAUGGAGCGUGAGGACGCACUGUCCCGCAGGCGCAGUUUUGGUGCUGUGAAACUCGCGUGUUAAAUCUCUCCUGUCCCGCUCUUUGUUUUGGUCCUGAGUUUUCCCGGAGAACACAUAUUUGUGAAGAUGUCCGUGGAUGAGACGUCCGUGUUCCGCCCGUUCAAAGUGAUCGCGCUGCUGUGCGUGUUUCUGGCUCUGUGUCUGGACGUGGUGGCUCUGCUCAGUCCAGCUUGGGUCACGGCGGAGCACUUCUCCUUGUCCCUGUGGGAGUCCUGCACACUGUCCGAGGCUCGCAGCGUAGGACAGGAGCCGGAGUGGAGCUGCUUUUCCACGCUCACCUCUGACUGGCAGAUUGCCACUCUGGUGCUGCUUGUGGCAGGGGCAGUUGCGACUCUGGUGGCAUUUUCUGUGGCACUCAUCUCUCUUUGCCACGGGACGCACAGACGACACUAUCGGACGGUGGCUGUGUUCCUCUUCACGUCAGUGGUGCUGCAGGCCUGUGCUCUGGUGUUGUAUCCAAUCAAAUUCAUCGAUGGCACAGUUCUUCAGACUUACCAUGAGUUCAACUGGGGCUACGGUUUGGGCUGGGGGGCCACUAUCUUCAUGUUGGGUGGGGGCAUCCUCUUCUGCCUGCGUACCGACAUCUACGAAGAUGCCAUGUACUGAGUCUGUUCAAUGGCACCUGUGUGACAAAGGGUGUGCUUGAUUUCCUCACCCUUCACUCCCUGCAGUCUACAUGCAAGCACGCACCCAUCCCUCUGUCCUAUUUUUACACAGGGAAGAGGGUCUAAUUUAGGACAGGCCUGUGCAGACUUCUACCCCUUCCAGGGUUCAGUGAAUUCUGGGUAGGCACAGGGCACAGAAGCUGGAUGUUUCUUUUUCAAAUUGACCUGAAUCUCUAUUUUUAGAGAGACACAAACGUACAUAUCAGAGCUGAAUGAUGAACUUGCAAUUAUUUUUAUGUAUUUUGUUGAAAAAUUGUGAGGCGUGUUAUUAAUGUAUUUAUAUCUUUAUUUUUCUUCUUAUAGAAAAGUUGUUCUUGCUUGUGAUAUUAUCUAAGACUUCUGCUUUAGAAAUUGAAAUAAGCACACUGUAAUGUACAAUAUUGUAGGAGAAGUGACGUGUUAAUAGUUUAUGGACAAUGUAAACGUGUACAGAGUAUUUCUAUAUGAGAAAAUAAACUUGAGUAGUUUAGUUUUGA